CUGUGUAAGUUUUAUUUACAAACAUAUGAGUAUAUAUAUCCCGAACCCAACUAGCAAAACCCAAAUAAAAAUUAAAAAAGGUAUCCCAGUCGUCCUAGAGAAACUAAACGAGGAUAAAGAGGAGUUAAUACAGCAAUGGAGAAAUCAGUGCAGUUUGUAGAUGAAGGAGCACCAAAUCAUGUCCAAUCUUCUUCCACCAAUAACAAUGGCGGUUGGACUUCCUUUCCUUUCAUCAUAGGGAGCAUGGCAGGAUUAUCACUGGCUGCAGCAGGAUGGAAUAACAACUUGAUAGUAUAUUUAAUACAAGAAUUCAACAUGAAUAGUGUAAGUGCUGCUAAAGUAUACAACAUGGCCAAUGGUUGCAGCACUAUUUUCCCAAUUUUGGGUGCCGUAGUUGCCGAUUCAUUUCUGGGCUGUUUCUCUGUCAUCUGGAUUUCUUCUCUCAUGUCUUUGCUGGGAGUGUUGCUUCUCACUUUCACAGCAGCCAUUGAUACAUUGAGACCAACAAAAUGCUUUGAUGGUUCGAAUGACUGCAGAAAUGCAUCAACAUUCCAUCUUACAAUAUUAUAUGCAGCUCUAGCCCUAGCAAAUUUGGGAAACGGAGGAACUCGUUUCACCAUCGGAUCAAUGGGAGCAAACCAAUUCAAUAAGCCAAAUCAUCAAGCAAUUUUCUUCAAUUGGUAUACUUUCGCGCUCUACACGUCCAAUAUUGUUGGUAGCACAGUCCUUUUGUAUAUUGAGGACAAUGUUAGUUGGGUACUAGGGUUCGCCAUAUGUGGUGCUUUCAACAUCCUUGGACUGGGUAUUUUCUUGUCGGGCCAACAUUUCUAUCGCCAUAUUGAAGCACAACAGGAAAGCCCUUUCAUGAGUUUGGCUCGGGUCUUCGUUGCUGCUAUCAGGAAGCAUAGAGAACCAUUGUCAUUAGGAGGUGAAGAUUAUCACCAUGGCAUGAAACCACUGGAUAGUGCAACAAGAACUGACCUGAAAAAUCCUAGCAAAUUCUUCAGGUUCUUGAACCGUGCGGCUUUGAUCAGGGAAGGAGAUAAGAAACCGGACAGAGUCACUGCUGGGCCUUGGAAACUAUGUACAGUGCAACAAGUGGAAGAUCUCAAACUCUUGAUAAAGCUUUUUCCAAUAUGGACUACUGGUUUGUUUCUAUACACCCCACUAGUCAUACAAUCCAGUUUAGCAGUCCUCCAGGCCCUGAAAAUGGACCGGCAUUUAGGAUCGAAUUUCAAAAUCCCCGCGGGUUCUGUCACAGUCUUUACAUUGAUCGCCACAUGCAUAACAAUUACCUUCGCAGACCGAUUCAUAUUCCCGUUGUUGAAUAGAUGUAUCCGUACUUCUAUGACACCGCUCCAACGGGUCGGGAUAGGCCACGUGCUGACGGUUGUCAGCAUGGCCUUCUCCGCCCUGGUCGAGUCAAAGAGGAUAAAAUUGUCAAAAUCUCUGGUGCCAAUGUCAGUCUUCUGGCUGGCACCACAGCUAGCUAUUACAGGCAUCGGGCUAGCUUUUCAUUCUCCGGGAUACGUGGGAUUUUAUUACCAAGAAUUUCCAGGGUCGUUGAAAAGCACAUCUACGGCAAUGGUGGCGGUUUUUGUGGGUGCAGCAUUUUAUUUUGGGAAUGGGGUGAUGGAUUUGGUUCAAAGAGUGACAGGAUGGUUGCCGGAGAACAUAGAUAAUGGUAGGUUGGAUUAUGUUUUCUGGGUGAUUUGUGUCUUAGGAGCUUUAGACUUUGUGUAUUACCUUGUAUGUACUUCGUUGUACGAGUAUAAAAAUGUUGACCAGGAACUGAAUGAUUCUAUCGACAAAAUAGAUAGAAACUAGCAUAAAUGAAUAGGCCUGGAUGCUAUGUAAAAUUCAACAAGCAAUGAUUCUCAAUUCAUAGCUCUUUAAGAUAAAAAAUAAAUAUGCUGACAGUGUACCACUAUUGAAA